AUGCUGAAUCCGAAGAAGCAGCAACUGAAGGCUGCCAUCAGCUAUGCUCCUUGCAACAGGUUCUCUAAAGCAGAUGUUCUGUCAGAGCACAGUUUCGGCCCGAUCACCACCGACAUCCGGGACGGACAGACUUUCUACUACGCGGAGGAUUACCACCAGCAGUACCUGAGCAAGAACCCCAAUGGGAGCCCAACUGGUGUGGAGUCCUCCGGCUCCACUGCCUCUGCCCCCAGUUCCACACUGACCUCCACAUCCCAGAGGACUGACUGGCUCAUAGAAUCAUCAGGUCCUGGGUCCAGGAUGCCUCCUGGCACCUUAUCUGGACUGUGCUGGCUCCACCCAGUGCCCUAUUGUGACAUGGGCAUCAGGCUGGGCUUGAAAUGUGGCCAAACAAUAAACAGUCCUGAGAAGUCAGAAGCUUUGAAUAUCAUAGGCGGGGUACCUGCAGACAUUGUAGAUUUCCCAUGGCAGGUGCGUAUCCUUAACAAUGGCCGGCAUCUCUGUGGAGGAUCGAUCCUCACUGAGUGGUGGAUUCUAACUGCAGCCCAUUGCUUCAAAAACAAAAAUAUAUCUGCCUUGGAGGUCGUACAUGGUGAAGAAAAUCUUGACACAGAGAUAAAAGUGGACAAGCUAAUUACUCAUUAUUAUUUUGAUAGCUGGCUCUACAUUAAUGACAUUGCUUUGCUGCUACUCAAAUCCCCACUGAACUUGGGUGUCAAGAAGGUGCCCAUCUGCCUUUCAGAGGUCUCUGACAUAAAGAAAUGGACAAACUGCUGGGUGACUGGAUGGGGCACUACCAGCACAAGUGUUCAGAGUCUUCAGGAAACAGGGCUCCGGAAAGUCAACAUGCAGCUGAUUGACUGGGAAACAUGUGUCCACAUGAUGCCUUUGCUCACCAAGACCAUGCUGUGUGCCGGGGACCUUCGAGGUGGGAAGGACGCCUGUCAGGGUGACAGUGGGGGGCCUCUGGUUUGCCAGAAAAAAACCAACAAAACCAAAUGGUACCAGCUGGGCAUUGUCAGCUGGGGAGUGGGCUGUGGCCGGAAGAAGCGGCCUGGAGUGUACACGAAAGUGUCUAGUUAUCUGUCCUGGAUUGAGGAGGAGACCAAGCUGUUACAAAGGCCCUACAAGCACGAGCCGGACUCCGGGGACAGUUUGCUUCUGUCAUCCUGGGCCAUCUUGCUACUGUAUUCUGUGAUGUUUCUGUUAUUCCUAUGA